AUGGCUCAUUUCUUGCGUGGAAAGCAAGCCGGUAUUCAGAAGGACUUGUCUGAGGGUCUAUCCCCCGACCUGUUCCUCCUGGACGACUUUGCGCGAUGUGGUGUGAAUUCUCAGAUCAGCGCGAUUGCCUACGAUCCCGUGCAAUCUCUGAUCGCCGUCGGCACCAGUGAUACUCAGUUUGGAAGUGGGCAGAUCUAUAUCUUCGGCCAGCGACGGGUAUUGGUGACCUUCGACUUCCCGCGCAAGGCGUCGGCUCGCUUCCUCCAGUUUUGCGCCGACAAGCUCAUUAGCAUCGACUCUAAAAAUGAGAUCUGUGUCUUCUCCCUCGAGUCGAGACGCAUGGUGGUCUCCUACGCCCCACCGGGUCAGGCCACUGCCCUGUUGACGGACCCAAGCUUGGACUAUGCCUUCAUUGGCUUGCAGAAUGGUGAAAUUAUCGCAUAUGAUCUCGAUCGUGAGUCAUUGACACCUUUCAGGGUCCCGAACCUUUGGUUGGAGCGCAAUCCCCGUGCGCGGUUCUCUCCGGUGAUAUCGCUAGAGUUCUCUCCCCGAGAUAUUGGCAAAAUCCUAGUGGGAUAUCCAGAGGGUGCAGUGACGUUCACUUUCAAGCAGAAUCUCGCCCAAAAGUUCUUUGUUUAUGAGAUUCCCCCCGGUGCCCCAGGCGCAGAUUCACUGCCAACUCAUGAAGUGCGCAGACCUAAGUUGACUAACGCGAUCUGGCAUCCCAAUGGAAUCUUCAUUUUGACAACCCACGAGGAUGCAAGCUUAGUGCUCUGGGAUACAAAAGAUGGCCGUAAGCUCCAUGCUCGGACAGUUCAAACGCCCAACAUCGACCAACCAGAUUCGAGCAGACCUGGCUCGUCUGAAGAUGGAGCUGGGCCCAAAGCGCCAAUUACAAAGAUCGUGUGGUGUGCAAAGGAAAACCCGGACGACACGGGUAUUCUUGUUGCCGGUGGUCGCCCGGUAGGCGACCAGAACAAGGGUCUCACUUUCCUGGACAUGGGCCCAACUCCCAACUAUCAGACCUCCUCAUGGCAGAUUUUGUCGACCUAUUUAGAACGAUGCCGUCGAACAAUCAAUCUUCCAGUCCCCCCUGGUGCACAGGUAGUCGACCUCUGUUUGAUUCCCCGGUCUUCACCAUACUUCAAUGGUGCCCACGACCCAAUCGCCCUGAUUGCGAUGCUAUCUUCAGGAGAAAUUCUUACUUUGAGUUUCCCAAGUGGGCACACAAUCACCCCAACCAACAUGCUUCACCCAUUCCUGACACUCGUUCAUCCAUUUGUGAACAAAGCGGUGCUUACACCAGUCGAUCGCUCUGUGUGGCUCGGUCUCAAAGAGCGCCGAUUGCAAGGUCCCAAAUUUGUGGUGGGCGGCGCGGAGGCAAAGAACCCCCUUAAACGGUUUGAGAACCGCAACAUUGUCUCGAUGGCACAUGCCGAUGGAACCGUCCGAAUAUGGGACUGCGGACACGACGAUGAAAUCGAAAAUGGCGACGUAGUGCAAGUUGAUCUUGCCCGCGCCAUCGGUCGUGUCAGUAAUAUUGAGGUCACCGAGAUGUGCCUUGCCAGCGGCUCAGGCGAGAUGUCUAUUGGACUAAAGACUGGAGAGCUUGCCGUCUUCCGCUGGGGAAACAACCCCUCCUACGGACGCGAGGAUCCCCCCGGUGCCAAUCAAGGCCCAGGAAAGUUGACUCCAAUUACACAGCGAACAGACCCGGGUCUCAAGACAGGAAUGAUUCCGUUGACCCUCCUAGACAUGCAACAAGGCCCAGUCACGGCCUUGAAGCACGGCCAAGUUGGAUUCGUUGCGGCCGGCUACCAGGGUGGCUCUUUGGUCAUCAUGGAUUUACGGGGACCUGCGAUUAUACACACUGCCCACAUGUCGGAUUUUAUCAAGGCACCUAAGCGUAGCAGCUUCCUCAAGACUCGGGGCUCAGAAGAUGCUCAGCCAGAAUGGCCUACUCAGAUUGAAUUUGGUGUGAUGACUUUGGAAGGUGAUGAUUAUUCUAGCAUCUGUUGCUUUGUUGGCACAAACAGAGGCAAUGUGGCCACUUUCAAAAUUGUUCCUUCGUCUAACGGGACCUACGAGGCGGCUUUUGCUGGAUCAUCUUCAGUCGAGGACAGCGUCAUUAGCGUCAUUCCUAUCGACGCAGACUCUGGCGGUCUUGCCUUGGCCACACCCAGCGCUGUUGGGGGCCUAAGAAGUGGCACAAAAGUCAACGGUGUGGUCAUUGCAGUGACUGCCUCAGGCUGCCGCAUCUUCAAGCCACCAAUCUCAAAGGGUGCGCAUAAGGAAUGGGAAGACUACCUUUGCGACUCCGCUGCGGUGGUCAAGACGGAAGGUCGGGGCUAUAGCUUGGUCGGUCUCUUCGGUGAUGGCAACGCCCGAGCGUUCUCUAUUCCUGCCCUCCGCGACAUCGGCUGUACCAAGAUCAACCAUAUCGCGGAAAUGCGGCGGCUGUCUGAGGCAUGCAUCACUCCCACUGGAACCGUGAUGACCUGGGUCGGCCCUUCGGAGGUAGGGCUGUUCAAUGUGUGGGGCGGUGGAAACGGACUUCACCCGUCCAACGACAAACUUUACAACCCUGAAGCGAUCUUCCCCCAACGUCCGACCAUUACUAACAUGCAAUGGAUUUCUGGCACCCAAUACAUUUCCCCAGCUGACAUGGAUAUUCUGAUUGGUGGCCCAGGCCGACCUCCAUCGAAACGGAUGGUCGAACAGAUGAAGCAAGAAGACCAGGAGCGUCGCAAUGCCCUCAGGGAGGGACGUGCUCCACCACCAGAGGCAAGUGGCAGCCAGGAGGGAUAUUGGUCUUACAUGUCGCGACAAGUUCAGGAACGCACUGAGCGUCUAGGGAUUGCCGGAGACAGUAUGGACCGACUGGAGGAAAACAGCAGCAAUUUUGCCAAUGAUGUCGGCAAAUAUGUACAGUCACAAAAGAAAAAGGCUGUGUUUGGCUUGCUUGGUUCCAAGUUUGGCCUUUAG